ACAGUAGAAUACACAAAAAAAAUAAAUAUGAGGUGCAUGGCUUGUCUAAAUCCGAUCCAACAUAACACGGAUCUUUUGGUCUGUGUGGCAUGCAAGGGAUUAUAUCACUACUUGUGUACAAAUAUGACACAAGCGUAUUAUAGAGAACACUCUCACGAAUUAAAAAUAUCCUGGCGUUGCCCAAAUUGUGAAAAUGUUACACGGAGGCGAAAAAAUGAUGACACGCCAGUACGCAAUCAAAAAUGUUCACCAACCUUAAAUGACACUACCAUAUCUAUAGAAGAACUGUUAGACCCAAACGGAGAUGAAAGCUCACACGGAGCCUCCGACAACCCCCCAGCAAGAAUAUCACCUGUCAUCGCCCCGCCAACACAACACAAUCAAGAUAAUCAACAGUCCAUCACACUAGAUCAAUUUAGAACCCUUCUGGAAGCAAACAACAAAGCCAUAGUAGCCGAGAUGCAAGGAACAAUAAAAAAAGAAAUAAGUGAUGCUGUCCAUCAACUAAAACAAGAAAUUACACAAAACUACAGCACACUGUCAACAAACCAAACAACUUUAAAACGAGAAUUGCAAAAAACAAACACAAAAAUAGAUCAAUUGGAAAAGGAAAAUCGGAAGCUACAAACGGAACUUCUUGAGCUCCAAACCAAAUUAAAAGCACAACACGAUUGCAAUCAUCACAGUGAACCAACAAAAACAAUAAUUCUUUACGGACUAGACGAACUUCACUCAGAAACGGAAUCAGAAUUGUGCCACAGAGUGGAUAACAUGUUUUAUGACAUUCUAAAUAUACAUAUAAAUGGAUAUAUUGAAGGAGCCAGCCGAGUAGGUAAAAAAGGUUACCGUCGCCCGCUAAAAAUAGAUUUAUUAAGUAAACGAAUGUCAAACUACAUACUACAAAAUGCCUACUGCUUUAAAAAUACAGGGUACGCUGUAUCUGCAUGGUUGGAUACAAAAUCUCUUGAAAAACGAAAAUUACUACGAGAAAUUAUGAUACAAGCACGUCAUGAAGGCAAAUACGCAACCAUAAGAAAUAACAAGCUAUUUAUUGAAGGAAAGGAACAUAUCAUCCGCGAAAAAAAACCACAAGAAUUAAACAAAUCACAAGAGACAACACCAAGCACAAGUACUUCCCCAUCGCACACCCUACCAAAACAAAUACCGCCGAGUCAUAACAAAACACGUUGCAAUGAGGAAAAUAGUAGCAACGCACACUCCUUUCGUGAAUAAAAUGACAGUCUUGGUGCAAAACGUACAAAGCUUAAAAAACAAAAGCCAUAUUAUAGAAUCAUUUCUACUAAGCAAAAAUAUACCAAUAGCUUGUAUAUCAGAAACAUGGAUUGCCCAAUAUCAAAACAAAUUAGUCACGUUUGACACAUACGAGUUUGCAGCGGAAUUUAGUCGUUGUUUACGCCAGGGAGGCGGUGUGGCGAUUCUACUAAAACAAGGCAUCGAGUUCAUGGAAAAAAUAGACAUCGCUGAACUAUCGAAAGAGUCUGUCUUCGAAUGUUGCGCCAUAGAAAUCCCUAAAGAAAACAUGUUAUUAAUAAAUAUUUAUCGGCCCGGCCCGGAAAUUGAAACCUUUUUUGAACAAUUAGACAAAUUACUAUGUAUCAUACAUCAAAGGUAUAAAAACAAAAAAAUUGUCAUAGUAGGGGACUUUAACAUUAAUAUGUUGACUAAUAACUCUACUAGCAGAAGACUUUUGGACACCAUGUUAUGUUACAAUCUAAGACAAAUUAUCAAAACACCCACAAGAGACUCGAAUAGCUCAUCUACUUGUAUAGAUCUCGUUUUCACGAACGAGAUGAAAUAUAACGUUGAAGUUCAAGAUAAUGGUAUAUCAGAUCACAAAAGCAUUCUGUUAACAAUAGAAACACAAACAACACAGAUAAAACCGAAACCAUGGUUCGCACACAGCAGAAUAUUUAGUGAAAAAAACAAGCAGUUAUUUAAACAAGGGUUGAAGGCAAUAAAUUGGAAUAAUAUACUAUCGGUAACAAACGACAUAAACGCAAAUUUUCAAGCAUUCCACAACAUACUACAAAAUAAUUUAAAUAAAUAUAUACCAAGGAGAAAGAUUAAACUAUUGGCACCGACACAAAACAAAACGUGGUUAACAAAAGGCUUACGAUUGAGGUUAACGAAUUUAAAUUGCUAGGAAUCACAAUAGACUCCAGUUUAAACUGGAAAACCCACAUUCAAAAUACCAAAACAAAAAUAGCUACAUAUAC